ACAACAAUGAGACCGACCGUCGUUUCAAUGGGCAAACACUUUGGAAAUCUCGGCAAGAUGUACGGAGAGCACCGCUUCGCGCUUGCUCCAAACGAGCAAAAGGCCUACAAGGGAUUCUUCGAUCAGGCCUUUGUUAAGACCUUCAAGACCUACGUCUGGGAUCAGUGGUAUUACUACAUUCCACAGACCAUCGGAGCCUACUUGCUCUACGACUGGGCCAAGAAGACGAACGUCGCCGCCAACCGAAAGAAUCCAGCCGACUUUGCCAACGAUCAAUAAUAAGCCGCCGGAUAUCUAAUUCUCUCGAUUUCUGUAGUCUCCUUCUUCAUUUUUUUGUGUCGCUGAUUGUCGUUUCUAGUGAAUUUUAAAUUUAAA